AUGCUUGACAUCAUUCUUGGUAGGCCCACACUGUAUGCAUUUACAUUCCUCUGUGCUGGGCAUGACACUACAUUGAACAGGAGUGGUGGCCCAUUGCUCACACCUAUCCAAGAUGAGUUGAAUCCGUCCACAUCUUCCACUUCACCCUCGCCCUUCAAUCCAGAAUGUCCCAGAGAUACACCUUUCCAGAGCAUGCAACAUGCACUUACAGACACGGCUUUGCUUGCUGCUCAAAUCAGUUCGUUCAACGCUCCGGAUCUCAACCCUGGUGCACCACUCACACUUGCUACACGCUGUCGUGGUGCAUUCAUCUCUUUACUUCAAGCACCUGCACUCGCUAACAACCCAUUGCCUCCUUAG